AUAAAACCCCAUAAUUAAUAUCUCUCCCAAAAUCAGCAACCCAUUGAGUUGCAAUCUCACAUCAAUUAUUCUAAUCAGCCAACAACAAUUCAUCUAUUUAUAAUCAAUAUAGAUACCAAUUAGUGAAACCAAAAAAAGAAAAACACAAGUUAACAUGGAUUUUCUUGAGCAAGCAAAAACCACACUAGAACCAUUUCAAACAACUCUACUAUUGAUAAUUUUUCCACUCACUUUUUUGCUACUAAGUUUAGCAUCAAAAUUUGGCAAAAGAGUACCCUAUCCACCAGGACCAAAAGGGUUACCCUUAAUUGGCAACAUGAACAUGAUGGACAAACUUACACAUAGAGGCUUAGCAAACUUAGCAAAACAAUACGGCGGCGUUUUGUACCUCCGCAUGGGUUUUAUUCACAUGGUUGCAGUUUCAAACGCGGAAGCAGCGCGUGAAGUAUUACAACUACACGACAACAUCUUCUCAAAUCGCCCAGCGACAAUAACGAUAAGUUACCUCACUUAUAACCGUGCUGACAUGGCUUUCGCUCAUUAUGGUCCCUUUUGGCGCCAAAUGCGAAAACUUUGCGUCAUGAAACUCUUUAGUCGCAAACGCGCUGAGUCUUGGAAAUCCGUUAGAGAUGAAAUUGGCGUCGUUAUCACCAACGUUAACGAUAAUAUAGGAAAGCCUGUUAACGUUGGUGAGUUGAUUUUUAAUUUAACAAAAAAUAUUAUAUAUCGAGCUGCUUUUGGGUCAUGUUCGAAAGAAGGACAAGAUGAAUUCAUUUCAAUACUUCAAGAGUUUUCGAAAUUGUUUGGAGCUUUCAAUAUUGCGGAUUUUGUUCCUUGUUUGAGGUGGAUUGAUCCUCAAGGUUUUAAUGCUAGGCUUGUUAAGGCUCGUGGUGCGUUGGAUGGUUUUAUUGAUAAGAUUAUUGAUGAACACGUGGAGAAGAAAAAUAAUAUUAUGGGUGAUUGUGGUGGUGAUGAAAUAUAUGAAGGUAGUGAUAUGGUUGAUGAAUUGUUGGCUUUUUACAGUGAUGAGGCUAAAGUGAAUAAUGAAUCGGAUGAUCUUCAAAACUCCAUUAAACUCACUAGGGAUAACAUCAAAGCCAUCAUUAUGGAUGUGAUGUUCGGAGGGACAGAAACAGUGGCUUCAGCAAUGGAAUGGGUGAUGUCAGAGUUGAUGAGAAAUGGAAGAGAUCUAAAGCUCGUGCAGGAAGAACUAACGAAAGUGGUUGGGUUGGAUCGACAUGUGGAGGAGGAAGACAUUGAGAAACUCGCUUAUCUAAAAUGUGUCAUCAAAGAGACAUUGCGUCUUCACCCACCAAUUCCCCUUCUUCUCCACGAGACGGCAGAGGAAGCUAAAAUUCUCAAUUAUUUUAUCCCUAAGGGCUCACGCGUUAUGAUAAAUGUGUGGGCCAUAGGUAGAGAUGAAGACUCGUGGGAGGACCCUGAAGAUUUCAACCCUUCACGCUUCCUCAACCUUAGUGCUCCUGAUUUCAAAGGAAAUAACUUUGAUUUUAUUCCAUUUGGGUCUGGGCGAAGAUCCUGUCCCGGGAUGCAAUUGGGCUUGUACGCAUUGGAAUUGGGCUUAGCCCACUUACUACACUGCUUCACGUGGGACUUACCGGAUGGAAUGAACCCCAACGAGCUUGACAUGAAUGAUGUUUUCGGACUCACCGCUCCAAGAGCGAUUCGACUUAUUGCAGUUCCAACUAAACGUGUCUUAUGUGCGCUUUGAUAUUUUAUUUUUUUUCAUUAUAUUAUAUCAUAGUGUGCUUUUUGUGGUCCUUCUAUUCUCAUUACUCACUGUUAUCAGCUUUUUGUUGUAUAGUUCUUAUUACAUUAUUAUUUUAAAUAUAACUUAAACCGCAAUCAAACUGAAAAGUUGACACGGGAAAUUGUGCGAUUGUUAUCAUUUUUAGUUUUAUUUUUAUAUUUUUAUUAAGGAGAGCUGUCAAA